UGGGUAAAAUCGUAGAAUAAGGGUUUUGGAACGGGGCGAUGGAGGAGGAGGCAGCAGCGGGGGAGAGCGACGGCGGAGGAGGAGGGGGAGAGGAAGCAGCGGUGUUCUCGCCCUCGGAGAUCGAGUACGUGAGCUAUGGCGGUGAGCACCACCUGCCGCUCAUCAUGGGGCUUGUCGAUGACGAGCUUAGCGAGCCCUACUCCAUCUUCACCUACCGCUACUUCGUCUACCUGUGGCCCAACCUCACUUUCCUCGCGUUCCACAAGGAGAAGUGCGUGGGGACGGUGGUAUGCAAGAUGGGGGAUCAUAGGAACACCUUCCGGGGGUACAUCGCGAUGCUGGUUGUCAUCAAGCCCUACAGGGGCAGAGGCAUUGCAACUGAACUUGUUACUAGAUCUAUCAGAGUGAUGAUGGAAUCAGGGUGCGAUGAGGUAACACUUGAAGCGGAAGUGACGAACAAGGGAGCCCUUGCAUUAUAUGGCCGUCUAGGAUUUAUAAGGGCAAAAAGGCUGUUCAGAUACUAUCUGAACGGCGUGGAUGCUUUUCGCCUAAAGUUGUUAUUCCCUAGGCAAAACCCCAUGUUGGCAACUACAUCAUUUAUGGAUGGAGGUGAUGACCAACUUGAUAAUCAGCAUGAAUUCUCUCAGAUGUAUCAUGAUUUCUAGUCCAUUUGGUCAUCCAAUCAGCCAUGCGCCAAGGGAUUAAUGUGCGGAGUCUGACAAUUCAUCAUAAAAUUUUCUGAUGUUCAGGCGUACAACCCAGAACAGAGAAAUGCCAUCACCUUUCUGUUGAAGAUAUGUCAUAUCAGUGUCUCAAAAUUCUACACUUAGCUCGGCACACUCAAAACGAGUAUGUUGUAACAUUUUUGUGGCCCGAUUCAUGUAAGUAUAUCCAUACCAAGAGUAUGAUGGAACAUCUGAAACAAAAACAUUGAAGAGGCAGGGGAAGGUGAGAAUCUUGAGCCGCCUGUUUCUUGAUUCUCAUAGUUAUUGUAUGUAUUAUGUUUGUGUGAUGUCAAAGAUAGAGGCCUUCAUUAAUAGUAUCCAUUGAGCUAAACCUCAUGCAUUGUUUUA